AUGUUCCGAUCUGCAAGGCUGCUACCGGCGCUGCGCCGAUCAUCCGCAAGCCAAGUGAGAUGCUUUGGAUUCUCUGGUUCCUCGGGGGCGGCGCCGACCAUGGACUACCUCCCAAUGCCGUACAUUGAAGAGACCUCUGCUGCGGGUCGAAAGACAUGGGACAUCUUUUCCAAGCUUUUGCAGGAGCGCAUCGUCUGCCUCAAUGGCGAAGUCAACGACUACAUGUCCGCAUCGAUUGUGGCUCAACUGCUCUGGUUGGAAUCCGACACCCCCGAGAAGCCGAUUACCAUGUACAUCAACUCGCCUGGAGGCUCCGUCACGUCAGGCAUGGCCAUUUACGAUACCAUGACGUAUAUCAAGUCGCCCGUCUCAACAGUCUGCGUCGGCGGCGCCGCGUCCAUGGCGGCGAUUCUGCUCGCGGGUGGCGAGGCCGGCAAGCGGUUCGCCCUGCCGCAUAGCUCCAUCAUGAUUCACCAGCCACUCGGCGGCACGCGCGGCCAGGCUUCAGACAUUUUGAUCUACGCGAACCAGAUCCAAAAGAUCCGCGAGCAGUCCAACAAGAUUAUGCAAUACCACCUGAACAAGGCCAAGGGCCACGACAGAUAUACCCUAGACGAGGUCAAUGAGAUGAUGGAGCGAGACAAAUAUCUGAGUGCACAUGAAGCACUUGAGCUCGGAGUCAUUGACGAGAUUCUAAAUAAGCGAACGGAUGCGGAUGCGGAUGCGGAUGCCAAGGAUGAGAGGCAGUCGCCGGGUACUCCAUCUUGA